UCUCGCCAUCUUCGCCGUUUCCUCUCAGGGGCCGCCGCCGCCGCCUGAGCCGCCGAGCCCCGGGGCCGCCGCGCCGAACGCCGCCGCCAUGAACAUCUUCCGGCUGACCGGGGACCUAUCCCACCUGGCGGCCAUCGUCAUCCUGCUGCUGAAGAUCUGGAAGACGCGCUCCUGCGCCGGUAUUUCUGGAAAAAGCCAGCUUCUGUUUGCACUGGUCUUCACAACUCGUUACCUGGAUCUUUUUACUUCAUUUAUUUCAUUAUAUAAUACAUCUAUGAAGCUUAUCUACAUUGCCUGCUCCUAUGCCACAGUGUACCUGAUCUACAUGAAAUUUAAGGCAACCUACGAUGGAAAUCACGAUACCUUCCGAGUGGAGUUUCUGGUGGUCCCUGUGGGAGGCCUCUCAUUUCUAGUCAAUCAUGAUUUCUCUCCUCUUGAGAUUUUGUGGACCUUCUCCAUCUACCUUGAAUCAGUGGCUAUCCUUCCACAGCUCUUCAUGAUCAGCAAGACCGGAGAGGCGGAGACCAUCACCACCCACUACCUGUUCUUCCAGGGCCUCUACCGUGCUUUGUAUCUCAUCAACUGGAUCUGGCGCUUCUACUUUGAGGGCUUCUUUGACCUCAUUGCUGUGGUGGCCGGCGUUGUCCAGACCAUUCUAUACUGCGACUUCUUCUACUUGUACAUUACAAAAGUACUCAAGGGAAAGAAGCUCAGUCUGCCAGCGUAAGUGCCAAAGACCAUCACCAGCAUCUGUCCUUCAGGGUGCUCGGACAGAAUUCUUACCACAGCAAAGGCACAAGAUGCUUGACACGGAAAAUCAG